UACUGCGCGGGCUCUCCAACCAACCCGAUGGAGGGCCCAAAGCCUUCUCCGCUCCCGCGUGUACUCCACGCGCUCCAGCUCCGGGUGGUGGAUAUUCAACUCGCUUGCUGUCAUCGAACUUGGCGUCACAGACCUCUCCCCACCCCCGGCGGCGACUUGAUUGAGCAGACCGGAGCUUCUGUUCUCCUUUCCGCCGGAAAAUCUCCGAAAUUUGGCCCCAGUGCGCUCUGUCGAAGAUUCAAAUGCUGAGAUGUCGGUAAUGCUAAAGGCGAUUCAAGCCCUGGCUUGCUGGAGAAGACCCUGCGCCACCGCCUCCGGUUUUUCCGCCGCGUCAGUCCCCGUCACCAGGUCGCCACCUCGCUGCUUCACAGCCUCCGCUCAGUUCCCCGCACCGUCGGUGAGGACAAGACGUUGUCUGAGAGCAAUCCGAGUUUAUGCCACUCGGUCCGAGUCAAACUCGGAGAGCAGCACCCCACCGGUCUCUGUGCAGUCCCCUGGCAUUGUGAAAAAGAUCAAAUUUUGCCAGUGGUGCGGUGGGCCGACCAAGCAUGAAAUACCUGAUGGAGAGGAGAGGAUGAGAGCUAUAUGCACUCUUUGUGGGAAAAUCGCUUAUCAGAACCCAAAAAUGGUUGUGGGUUGCGUCAUUGAACAUGAUAACAAGGUCCUUCUUUGCAAGAGGAACAUUGAACCUUCUUAUGGCCUUUGGACUCUUCCAGCUGGUUAUAUGGAAAUUGGAGAGUCAGCUGCUGAAGGGGCGAUUAGGGAAACUUGGGAAGAAUCGGGUGCAGAUGUGGAGGUGCUUUCACCUUUCGCACAACUUGACAUCCCUCUUAUCGGGCAAACUUACAUAAUGUUCUUGGCCAAGAUGCGGAAGCCUCACUUCUCACCUGGUCCAGAAUCAUCAGAUUGCCGUCUCUUUGCCCUUGAUGAUAUUCCUUUUGAUUCUUUGUCGUUUUCUUCUAUUUUGGUCACCUUGAAAUUGUAUAUAGAAGAUGUUAAGGUUGGACGGCCUAGAUUCCAUUAUGGUACCAUCAAUAAAAUGUACGACUCUCAGUAUGGUUUGCUUUUUAAUCAAGACCUGGCUCAAGUCCUUCUGAUAUCCAUGCCUAUACUCUUGAUCAUCAUUUGCAGUCUUGAUACAACUGAAUGUCUUGUAUCUCUGGGUUGUUGAGGCUUCCAUAUCUUUGCUGCUGAGGGAUUUAAAGAAUUGCAGAGAUCAAGUUGGGGGCAGAAGAGAUCUUGUCUUGCAGAUGUUCGAAUUUCCCAGCUGAUGAUGAAAUCCUGUUUCCUUUCAUUCUCCAUCCACCUCCACACUUGAUCAAGUCAUAUCAUGGAGGCUUGUAUAGGAUUGGGAAAUAGAGCCAUCCUUGCUUUGGUUUCCAGUCGAAAUACUGAUUUUGUUGCACUUAGGGUCACAAAGGAUAGUGGAAGACUGGUGAAGAUGAAUAUUUGACACGCCCGAGCUCCUUGAAGAUUGCUUCAAGAAAUCAUCGCCGAGAUUCAGAAGUGUAACAUGCUUGUUUCGGGUCUUUUGGUUCCCAUGUUCCUAUAGAUUAGGUGGAUUGUAUCUGAUCGAGGUACGAUGAAGUAUUCCUUUUUCAAAUUCAGAAGUCCUGUACAUGCAUUUUA